AUGGGCUUCUUCACAGAAGUCCAAAAAGAGGCACUCAAGGCUGCCGGAGAAGGCGGCUUUGAGCGAGUCAAAGACAUGCUCGCCGGAACCGACCUCGUCAAGGGCCGUGACAAAUCCAAAUCCAUCGAGUUUCUCUACCUCAAUGCUGCCCGCGGAGGCCCUAUAUAUGUCACCCUACCCCCCAACGCCGCCCGUGGGGGCCACGUGGAAAUUCUCCGGUACCUGUUUGAGCGCUAUCCCUACCCGCGAAAUUCCCUCCUCGACGCCAUUGGCGAUGCCAUUCUCUACGGUUCCCUCGACACUGUGCGUCUCUUUCUCGACCGCUGGCCGGACACGGUCGACGUGAACUCCUGCGGCUCCCACAGCAGCACUCCCUUGACCCUCGCGCUUCGAGUCGAGCACCGCGCAGCCGCCUACUCCAUGACCGAACUCCUGCUCCGAUACGGCGCCGACCCGAACAAACCCUCCUACCAAGGCCUACCCAUCGAGUACGCCCUCACGUCUUCCUGGCCCGAGCUCGUCCCACUGCUCAUCAAAUACGGCGCUGAGCCGUUUCCGCUGGAGAAGGAGCUGCAGUUGCUGCCGCGGGCAGCCAGCAACGGAAGGCUCGAAGCCGUCAGCCGGCUUGUUGAAAAGGGAGCUGACCUGGACGCCGAUGCUCUCAAGGCUCCGUACGACGGCUCGGCGUUGUGGAACGCAGUUCUGCGUGGUCACGUCAAGGUCGCCGAGUACCUGAUCUGCGCGGGCGCCGACCCAAACCAGCGAAACCACGCCGGAGAAUCCAUGUUGCAGGUGGCCGAAAGGCUUUCGGUAAACAAAAAGGAGAUGGUGGCAGCCUUGCAGGCGUUUGGUGCCCGCUGA